AAGCCGGAAGUGCGGUCGGGCGGCGAUGGCGGCGGCCGUGUCGUCGCUGAGCAGUUUGGGGAUCCCCGAUGGCGACGGAGGGAGCUCCUCGGAGGAGGAGGAGGCGGGCCCCAGCGCGGCGGCGGCGGCGGCGGCGGAGCAGCGGCGGGAGGAGCGGCUGCGCCGGUUCCGGGAGCUCCACAUGAAGCGGUAUGAGGCUUGCAAGCUGAACAGCCAAGAAGUGGUGGAGGAAGACAAAAGACUUAAAUUGCCACCAAACUGGGAAGCUAAAAAAGCUCGGCUGGAGUGGGAGCUGAAGGUGCAGGAGAAGAAGAAGGAAUGUGCAGCGAGAGGAGAGGACUAUGAGCGAGUCAAGCUGCUGGAGAUCAGCGCUGAGGACGCCGAGAGGUGGGAGAGGAAAAAGAAGAAGAAAAAUCCCGACCUGGGCUUUUCAGAUUACGCGGCGGCGCAGCUGCGCCAGUACCAGAGGCUGACGCGGCAGAUCAAACCUGACCUGGAGCAGUACGAGAAGCUGAAGGAGCAGUACGGGGAAGCACUUUAUCCCACCUCCGACAGCCUCCUCCACGGAACUCACGUGCCAUCCAAGGACGGGGUUGACAGAAUGGUCGCAGAUCUUGAAAAACAGAUCGAGAAGCGGGAGAAGUACAGCCGGCGGCGACCCUACAACGACGACGCCGACAUCGACUACAUCAACGAGAGGAACGCCAAGUUCAACCAGAAGGCAGAGAGGUUCUACGGGAAGUACACGGCCGAGAUCAAACAGAACCUGGAGAGAGGGACGGCUGUCUGAGGCAGCUCCACAGCACACAGCCCUGUGCAAGGGGAGUGCAGAUUUUACAGGCAGUUUUAUAAAAAAAAGCAUUAUAGGUGUCGCUUUCUGGAAUCUGUGGUGGGUUGAAUGGAAUAGAAGUGAUUUGUGUUACUGCAGCUGUACACUGCUUUUACUUGCAGGAGUAACCAGCUCGUGCAAUCUUGUGUUCGAAAUAAAGACCAGCUUUAGUCUAA